AUGUCUAUCUUCUCUGUGAAGAAUGCCCUGGUGCUGGGCCUCCUCGCGCUGAGCUCAUCUCCAGUGCUGGCCCACUCGCAUCAUGGCCAUGAGGACGAGGAGAUUGUUUUGACGGAGAGUAAGAAAGCGGAGCUCUUGAUGAAAUGGGAGCAAGAGUGGUCGUUCUCUGGAGUGUCUACCUUUGCACACAUGAAACCCGUCAAGUGCCUCGUUGAGCCUGAUGCGCGGUACGAUAUUGCCAUCAUCGGUGCCCCGUUUGAUACUGCUGUUAGUUACAGGCCGGGCGCCCGAUUCGGCCCUCGCGCAAUCCGCGCGGCCAGCGCCCGUCAACUACCAGGGACAAGCUUCAAUGCACGCGCAGGCAUCAAUCCAUACCUGUCAUGGGCCACACUACUCGACUGCGGCGACAUCCCCAUCACGCCCUUCGACAACGCCCUAGCCUCUCGCCAGAUGUACGAAGCGUUCCUCGAACUAGGCACACGGCCAGUAGCAAGCAGCAAGAACAACCAAAGACCCAAACUGGUCACACUGGGAGGCGACCACAGCGUUGCCCUCCCGGCACUCCGUGCCCUGUACCAAAUCUACCAAAAGCCCAUCACAGUCCUCCAUUUCGACGCCCAUCUCGACACCUGGAAUCCCGUGCGCUACGCAUCGUACUGGCUCUCGGAGCAAUCGCGCUUCAAUCACGGGAGUUUCUUCCACAUAGCCAGCAGCGAAGGGCUGAUCAGCAACACGACGUCGGCGCAUGCGGGGAUACGCACGCGCCUCACGGGCGUCGAUGAUAGCGACUACACCACGCCGGGCACGCCCGAGCAAGGGUUCAUGCGCAUACAUGCAGAUGACAUUGACGAUAUAGGCACCCGGGGUGUCAUUGACGCGAUUAUUGAGCGUAUCGGGCUGGACUCCGAGCAGCCUGUUUAUUUGUCGGUGGAUAUCGACGUGCUCGAUCCGGCUACUGCGCCGGGCACGGGCACGCCGGAGCCCGGUGGGUGGACGACGCGGGAGAUGAUUCGCAUUCUGCGUGGCAUCGAGAAGUUGAAUGUUGUUGGCGCGGAUAUCGUGGAGGUGAGCCCUAGUUAUGAUAAUGUCGGCGAGACCACGGCGCUGGCGGCCGCGCAGGUGGCAUUUGAGAUUAUUACGAGUAUGGUGAAGGCUGGCGUGGAGGGGCCGGGGGAGCAACUGGGGGGAUGGUAUGGGAGGAAGGAUGAGCUGUGA